AACGGUGAAAUAACGUACUCUUUGGUGCACGUUGAUCCAUCGUGUCCAGUUGCAGUGCGACCGCUCACAGGUGAAUUAGCAUUGAGUGCGAGUUUGGAUUAUGAAAAGAUAACCAGAUAUGAGUUGGUGAUCAAAGCACGAGACCAAGGCAUACCACCACGGUCGAGUAACAUAACCGUGGUUCUGAAUGUGAUCGACGUGAAUGAUAAUGCACCGCAGUUCGAUAUGCAUCUGUACAUCGUUGAGGUUGUUUAUUUGGGCACUCGUUAUUGA